GGGACCCUGGGCCUGGGCUCGGUGAGGAACGCCCUAAAGCGGAGGCGAGCUGCACUGCGCCAGCGCCGGCCAGCCUAGUGAGCGAGCGAGUGAGCGAGCGCCCAGGACGGAGGAGUGAGCGGGCGAGGCGCGGGCGAGGCUGGGACCUAAGCGCGCUCUCUACUCCGCCAAGUGCCAACUUCGAGCGGACUGGCUGGGCGCGCACCUUCCCGCCGGGCGGUCAGCGGGAAUUUGAGAUUUUAGGGUUGCGCUCUGUCCCCCUUUCCCCCGGGUUCAAAAUCCCCAUUAAAAAGCAAAACAACAGUUACAGCAAACUUGCUCUCAUCCCGCCGGUCCCCUCAACUCCGGGCACCAUGAAGGCGGCCGUCGAUCUCAAGCCGACUCUCACCAUCAUCAAGACAGAAAAAGUGGAUCUGGAGCUUUUCCCUUCCCCGGAUAUGGAAUGUGCAGAUGUCCCGCUGUUAACUCCGAGCAGCAAAGAAAUGAUGUCCCAAGCAUUGAAAGCGACUUUCAGUGGUUUCACAAAAGAACAGCAGCGACUGGGAAUCCCCAAAGACCCCCGGCAGUGGACAGAAACCCAUGUCCGGGAUUGGGUGAUGUGGGCUGUGAAUGAGUUCAGCCUGAAAGGCGUGGACUUCCAGAAGUUCUGUAUGAAUGGAGCAGCACUGUGUGCCCUGGGUAAAGAGUGCUUCCUCGAGCUGGCUCCAGACUUUGUUGGGGAUAUCCUGUGGGAGCAUCUGGAGAUCCUGCAGAAAGAGGAUGUGAAACCAUAUCAGGUUAAUGGAGUCAACCCUACCUACCCAGAAUCCCGUUACACCUCGGAUUACUUCAUUAGUUAUGGUAUCGAGCAUGCUCAGUGUGUUCCUCCCUCAGAGUUCUCAGAGCCCAGCUUCAUCACAGAGUCCUAUCAGACGCUGCAUCCCAUCAGCUCAGAAGAACUCCUGUCCCUCAAGUAUGAGAACGACUACCCUUCUGUCAUUCUCCGGGACCCUCUCCAGACAGACACCUUGCAGACAGACUACUUCGCCAUCAAGCAAGAGGUGUUAACUCCAGACAACAUGUGCAUGGGGAGAGCCAGUCGUGGUAAACUCGGGGGCCAGGACUCUUUUGAGAGCAUAGAGAGCUACGAUAGUUGUGACCGCCUCACCCAGUCCUGGAGCAGCCAGUCAUCUUUCAACAGCCUGCAGCGGGUCCCCUCCUAUGACAGCUUCGACUCCGAGGAUUAUCCUGCUGCCCUGCCCAACCACAAGCCCAAGGGCACCUUCAAGGACUAUGUGCGUGACCGUGCUGACCUCAACAAGGACAAGCCUGUCAUUCCUGCUGCUGCCCUGGCUGGCUACACAGGAAGUGGGCCGAUCCAGCUGUGGCAGUUUCUUCUGGAAUUACUCACUGAUAAGUCUUGUCAGUCUUUUAUCAGCUGGACAGGAGAUGGCUGGGAAUUCAAGCUUUCUGACCCAGAUGAGGUGGCCAGGAGAUGGGGAAAGAGAAAAAACAAACCUAAGAUGAAUUAUGAGAAACUGAGCCGUGGCCUUCGCUACUAUUAUGACAAAAAUAUCAUCCACAAGACAGCGGGUAAACGCUAUGUGUACCGCUUUGUGUGCGACCUGCAGAGCCUGCUGGGAUACACCCCGGAGGAGCUGCACGCCAUGCUGGAUGUAAAGCCGGAUGCUGACGAGUAACGGACACGGAAGGGCCCAGGGACUCUGCUAAGACCUUUCAAAGAGCAACCGUGUUGGUUGGACUCUUCAUUUUUCAUUGUUAUUCUAUGUUUUAUUUUCCAGAACUCGUUUUUUUUUCUUUUUUUUUUUUUUUUUCACAUUCAGGGGUGGGAGCUAAGGGAGCUGCAGCUGUAUUCCAUUGACCAUUGGCAAGGCUGGCAAGAGGAAGUCAGGACCUGUGGGGUGGGCGGGGCAAGAAGUUCCUGAGCAGAUUUUCAGGAGGGAGAAAAAGGUCUCCUCAGAAGCCUGAUGGACCUGGCUUGCAGAAGAAAAAAACUUAUGUGUCAUUAUGGCAUUUUUUUUUUAAUCAAAGAAAAAAUUUUCCUCUUAAGUUGUGGAUCUACUAGUGGGAGGAAUUGUCACGUUAAAAGUAAAGAGAUUGAUGAAAGUCAGUCAUUUUAGAGGGUGGGAUGAAAACGGAUGCUUCAGGGGAUGACUAAACUCAAGACUUAUUAACUUUUCUACUUUUUGAAACCAAGAUGGACUUUAAUGGAAGGGGUCCAAAACUGGUUUUAUGUUGAAGUUUAUUUUGUUAAAUUUUGUGCCAGUAUUUUUUUUUCUUAAAAAAAAAAAUCGUCUUAAGCUCUAAGGUGGUCUCAGUAUUGCAGUAUUGUGACUUUGUUUUUAUUUGCUGGCUGAGGAUUCUGUCACAGUGAAAGGCAACUGUUUAUAUAGACCCCAUUGGAAAAUCCCAGCUCCGUACUGAGAUCAGAGACCCCAGACUCUUACAGCUAAAGGAAACAAAUGCUGAUUUGAGGACAGGGGAACUGUGCAUGUGAAUUCCACCUGCCGUUUGUAAAACCUCGGUUCCCUGUCCUUUUACUUACUGUCAGGCUUCGGACUUAGUGUUAGUUAAGGGGCAUUAAGUCUCUGCACUGAAUGUAUUUUGCAGCUCUGCUUUGGAAUUGUCAACAUAGGAGCACUGUUAAAGUCUUGGAAAGGAAAUCCAAGGAGGAGGAUUAAACUGGUUUUUGGUUAAAUCGCUACCCGAAAUGUAGAAGACUCAGAGUAAAAGCUGUUUGCAAUGGGCAUUACCCCUCGGGUCUUACGGCCUAAAUGCAUACCAUUCCAAACUAAGGGUCUACAAUUCACCUCUAUGUCUUAUUUUCCCCAGCAUCCCACAUGGCCGCCCCUCCCCCACCUCACUAAUCAGUUAGAGUGGAAUGUAAUGCUUCCUGAGAGGUGAAUGAAAGCGUAAUUUCAGCAUCACAACACAAAUCAAAGAGUACAGACUUGCUAGGGUUCGGAGGCCACAGAAAUGGAGAGGGCGUUUCAGUAGCAUGUGACUCGGCCUCCUCUGGGAGGAAGGUUUCCUUUGAAGGACUACUAGUCAGGUAGGAUAUCAGGUGAGGCUGCUUGUGGAGGAAGUGCUAGGGAGCACUGGGACUUGACCUGUUGCCACCUCAGCCCAGGGCAAGCCAAGGUCAACUGCAGGUGAGAGGAAGACUUGAGAAAAUACAAGGGAAGGAGCUAAGUAAGGAAAAAUAAGGUGGCCCGUGACAGAUAUAUGUUUAGUUUCCUCCAAGUUUAAAUUCAGAGACUUAAUUGAGGCAGCCAUCUCCCUGCCAGUUGGGAGAGGAGACCUGAAAAUAAGGCAUUGUGGGUAAAAACAAAGUCAGGAAACAUGCCUGGUAACAUUAGAAUCCCUUCCACUAUAUACAUGCCUACUUAAAACAGUGACAGUGGACUUCCGUGAGAGAAAAGGUGGCAGUUGGUUGAGGUGGGCCUCUCCAGGUUCCCGCUUCGGGGAUUGUAACUACCUGGUAUCUUCACGAGAGUAGGUGGCUGACUUCCCAGAUUCUCUUGAAGGCUCUGAAUUACUAAGAACCUAACUCUUGCCCAUGGGUGUUCUGUACUGAUUGGUUGGAGCAUCCUCACAAGGAAGCAUAGGCCAAACAUUCCGGCUAUAUAUUUUGAUCCUUACAAAUGCAGGUGCCUUAAUAAAGCUCUCAAAAUAGUUAGGAGCUGCUCAGGGAGGGUUAGGUGGGGUCAUUUGGAUUAUGCUGUCUUCUCUUAUAUUAUGUGAUCUUUGUUGGGCACUGGCAGUGUAAGUGUGUGUGUGUGUGUGUGUGUGUGUGUGUGUGUGUGUACAUUUAUAUAAAACUGCAACUGAAAUAGUACUCAAUUUUCUAUUUAAGUCUGUCCACAUUUCCAUAACGGUGAAAGAGUACAGCCAGGGCUGAUUGAUAUCAUUGUUUGCUCUUUGCCACAAAGGCUUACAAAAAUCAUUUCCCUAGGUCAUGAUCCUUCCCUAUAUUCAGUUCAUGCUUAAAAUGCCCCUUCUGAGAGUCUACCACCUGCAGUCCUCUAGCAGUAAGAAAGUGCCUCCCACACUCCUCAGCUUGCUGGCCCACCAAGGUGCCCUUUCUCCCUAGGUCCACCACUUUCAGGAUUUGUAGAUAGUGUAUUAGUCAGAGAGCUUUGUUGUCCAUCUGGCCAGAUGCUUUUCCCCGUUUUGUCCGAAGGCCAGAGACCAUCCCAGGAAGAGUGGCGGGUGGUUUAUACACUGGAAAUGUAGCGGCAUUGCUGCAUUGAUGCUCUUUAAAAACACGUUCACUUCAGAGGACGGACGAACAGAUCCGAUCUAGCUGGGUCACUCCAUUAUCUUCCCAGAGAAAUGCUUUAACCUGUGUGCUUGGCUUUGGACUCAGGGUCAGCGGGAUGGGGUAAGGAUGCUCCUUCCAGAGAGCUCUGAUGUUGUGGCCAUGGAGACAGUUUAAACAUUCUAGAUCAGAGAUGCUCUUCCUCACUUUGGAGACCAACACUCUGGGUUUUAAAGCAUUAACCUUCAUGGUGAAAUCACACCUUCUCUCUUCUAGCCAUGCUGUGCAUGCUGCUUUCUCUGUUGGGGUCUAUAUAAAUUUGUUGAACUCUUACGUACAUUCCAAAGACGUUUCAAGGAACCACAAGUAUAUGUAUACAAAUACAUAUAUGAAGUAUAUAUGUUAAAAUGAAAUUAUCUCUAUCAGGAAUACUGCCUCAGUUAUUGAAUUUUUUAAAGGAUACUUUUUUUUUAAAGCUGAGAAUUAUUGGGGUGAGAAAGAUGUUAUAUUGUUUUUGACUUUUUCCAACUUGUAUUUUCAUAUAAUUUAUAUUUUUUAAAUGCUGAAAAUUUAAAAUCAAGAUUUAAAAAGGAAAAGCAGGUGCUUUUUAAAAAUCAGAACUGAGGUAGCUUAGAGAUGUAGCGAUGUAAGUGUCUUAAAUGUUUUGUUUUUUUUUUAAAAAAAACAUGCAAAAAAAUUCUUAUGGGGGGAGUUUUUUGUUUGUUUCUUUUAGUAGCUGAUGCUGGCACAUCAUUUUGCUGGAAAGUUUUUUAUAUACUGUGGCCUGAUUUCAUAUUUGUAUUUUAAACUGUGUGAAAUUAAAGAAACCAAGAAAUUCAUUCAUAA